AUGGCAGGAAACGUCAACAUGACAGCAUCCAAUGAGGACAUUUCAGUUUCACUCUAUUGUGACAUCAAACGUUCCGCGUGUAAAUCUACUAAGAUCUCCAUCAGUGAUUCCAUUCAAGCUAUAGCAAGGUCGAGAGCAUCUUCGUCUAUCAAAAUCAGUAAAGGAAGGAAGGUACUAAGCUCACAUGCGAGCCUUCUGUUGUUGGCUUGUUUUCGAGUACACCAUCUACUUGCCGAUGUACGUGUGUAUCGAACAUGUAUCGUGAAUCAAACAAAUCUCGCUGCCGCAUACGUGGACCAAUCUACGAAACCAGGCAUAAUCUUCUGGAUUGCAGCUGAAAAUCAGCAGGUUAUGGAACUGCCACACAGGUGCGAUGGGUUCAUGAUCAAAAGCCAGCCUUUCACAAGCUACUGUAACUCCAACGGCUGCUGCCGCUCGCUAACCAGUUGGAUACUGCUCCCGGCCAAAGCGGCAUCGUGUACAUGA